CAAAAUCUACAAGAUCCAAAAAUAAAUUAAAAGUGCAGGAAACAGAUGAUCAUGAGCAACAACUUCGUGUAAUUAAAAAAUAUAAGAUGUUAGAAAGUGAUAAUCUUGGAAAACUUGCUUUCAAUAAUCCCUUUUUAUCAUGUGUUAUUGAUCUUGAUUAUAUAAGCAAAUUACUUGUUAACAUAUUUUCUAGAGAAGAACUUGAAUGUAUGAACAUUUGUGAAAAGAUGAGAUCAUGGAAAACCAUAGAAAAUGUUCUUAAAUUAUGGAUUAAGCAAUUAUCAGAAUUAGGACAAUCAACUUCCUAUCCAGAUAUCCCAAGCAAUUUAUCCAAAGAAGAAAAGAAGGAUACAAAAAUGUGUGAUGAAGGGAAUGAAAACAUAAGGUUUGAUUACGAUUUGUGGAUCUUAAAUAUGUCAGAUAAAGAAAAAAAAGCACACCGAAAUAAGUUUAAAUCAAAAUUGAAGCCUGAUUGGAUUUCGUCAUUUCUCAUCAAUGAAACUAAAUUUGAAUUUAUAUAUGGAGAGGCAACUGGUCCUCCAUUUUUACAAGAUCAAAUAAAAAUUGAACAAGAUAGAAGAAAGUUAAUAUGA